GGUGACCUGCUCAGAGGGAAACCCAUCGAGGAGUUCUUGGAGGACAGCGAAGAACUGAAGGAACUUGUGGCCAAAUGUAACGGUCAGUACCACGUCUUCAAUAACGAAGCGGAGGAUCGAUCUCAGGUCAACGAGCUGCUCGACAAGAUCAGGAAAAUAACAGAGAAAAACGGAGGAGGCCACUACACCACUGAAAUGUUCCAGGAGGCAGAGAAGGCGAUAGAAGAGGAGAAACGACGAAUCCUUAAAGAGAGA